GCCCGAUAACGAUAGCUUUGCUGCCUUCUGUCUUUAUUUCAAAAAUUUUGAGCAAUUGUAACUCUCAUUUCUUUCCGCCCAAAUACAUCAAAUUCUCCCAAAAUGGCGGAAAGUGAAGCAGACACGGCGAAACUGAGAAUCAAACAGAAGAAAAGAGGGCGUAAUAUGAUUACCUUGACCGGAGCUGCUGCUAUUCUCGCUCUUACGGCUAGCUUUGCUAUCUCCGCCCUCAAUUCUCGUCGCAAAAAGUCAAAGAAGAGAGAUCUUCCAGGCUCUACAGUUCGCGUUAAUCUUUCGCCGAAUGAGAUUUUAAAAUUGGCUAAUCGCAUCAUUGCUAAGUCAAAGGAGGUUCAUGAUUCAGUUGCUUCUAUUCCUCUUGACAAGGUCACUUAUGCAAAUGUGGUUGCACCUCUAGCAGAUUUAGAGGCACAACAAUUUCCAUUAAUUCAGUCUUGUGUAAUUCCUAAGUUUGUUUCUACAUUGGAAGAUGUAAGGAAAGCAAGUGUUGAAGCUGAGCGGAGAAUCGAUGCUCACGUAUCGACAUGCAGCGAACGUGAAGAUGUAUACCGUGUGGUGAAAGCUUUCUCUGUGAAAGGCGAGUGGAUGAACCCUGAAGCAAAACACUACGUUAAGUGCCUGGUCAUGGACUUUGAGCGAAGUGGUUUAAACCUUACUGUUACCAAGAGAGAGGAAGCUCAGCGUUUGAAAGCUCAAAUUGAUGAGCUUAGCUUACGAUAUAUCCAAAAUUUGAAUGACGAUAGCACAUUCAUCCUAUUCAGUGAAGCAGAGCUGGCUGGAUUGCCACCAGAGUACCUGAAGAACUUGGACAAGGCUGAAAAUGGUAAAUAUAAGGUCACUAUGAAAAGUCAUCAUGUUGUCGCACUGCUGGAACUUUGCAAGGUAGGAACAACAAGGAGGACUAUUGCAAUGGCAUACGGGAAGAGGUGUGGAGAAGUCAAUCUUUCUAUCUUAGAACGUUUGGUCGAAUUGCGCCACAAAUAUGCUCGGUUAUUUGGCUAUUCAAACUAUGCAGAUUAUGCUGUUGAUCUCAGAAUGGCAAAAACAUCCUCAAAGGUAUUUGAAUUCUUAGAGGAUAUCUCAGCCAGUUUAACUGAAAUGGCGACUAGGGAACUCACCGUGUUGAGAGACUUAAAGAAGAAAGAGGAAGGAGAACUUCCAUUUGGAAUUGAGGAUCUAUUAUACUAUGUGAAAAGGGUUGAAGAAAAGCAGUUUGAUGUGGACUUUGGAGCUCUUAAGCAAUACUUUCCUGUUGAUUUAGUUCUGUCUGGGAUCUUCAAAAUAGUGCAAGACCUUUUUGGAUUAAGAUUCCAGGAAAUUAAAGAUGCUGAGGUUUGGCAUAGUGAUGUGUCCGUCAUUUCAGUGUUUGACUUGAGUUCAGCUGAGCUCUUGGGUUAUUUCUACCUUGAUUUAUUUAAAAGGGAAGGAAAAUAUGGUCACACUUGUGUGGUGGCUCUUCAAAAUGGUGCAUUAUCAAGUAACGGUGCACGGCAGAUUCCAGUGGCACUACUCAUUUCUGAAUUGCAAAAGGGUAUUGCUGGUCAUCCUAGCUUAUUGAGAUUCUCUGAAGUGGUUAGCCUUUUCCAUGAGUUUGGCCAUGUUGUCCAACACAUCUGCAACCAGGCAUCAUUUGCCAGAUUCUCUGGGUUGCGUGUUGAUCCUGACUUUGUGGAGAUCCCUGCUUUGCUGCUAGAAAACUGGUGUUAUGAGAGCUUCUCUUUGAAGUUGAUAUCUGGUUUUCAUCAGGAUAUUACAAAACCCAUUAAGGAUGAAAUUUGCAGGUCGCUCAAAAGAUGGCGAUAUUUCUUUUCUGCUAUUAAAUUGAAGCAGGAUAUUCUUUAUUGUCUUUUUGAUCAAAUUAUACAUUCUGCUGACAAUGUUGACAUUGUUGAGUUAUUCAAGCAUCUCCAUCCAAAGGUCAUGUUAGGUCUGCCAAUGUUGGAGGGGGCCAAUCCUGCUUCAUGUUUCCCACGUAGUGCCAUUGGUUUUGAAGCUGCUUGUUACAGUCGUAUUUGGAGCGAGGUUUUUGCAGCUGACAUAUUUACCUCAAAAUUCCAUGGUGAUCUUUUGAACCACAAUAUUGGCUUGCAGUUCAGGAACAAGGUAUUGGCCCCAGGAGGAGCUAAAGAACCAAUUGAAAUAGUAUCAGAUUUUCUUGGAAGAGAACCAUCUAUUCAAGCAUUUGUUGAUAGCAGGGCUGGAUAUGGUUUAUGAUCUUAAAUGUUUAUUGAAAAUUAGGGCAAGGUCUAUGAUCAAAAUUAUCUCAUGCCAUUUGUGUUUUUGGUUGCUUGCAGAAGUAUUCUAUGUUUCUUUUAUCUAUUUUUUCUUUACUAUUGUUCUUUUUUGUAUAUAAAAUUUUGGUAGUUGUUGGGUCAAAAAUGCAAUUAAAAUCGUCUGAUGACAUCUCGUGCCUCAGUACUCUUUAGGGAAGUCAUUGCUGUUUUGUUAGACUUUUCCCUGUUGGUCCUAGCCAGCGUCAGUGGAUAGUAUCAUGCAACUGUUGUUACUUGGAUAUGCAUAUAUAGUUGAAGCACCAUAAACAUGGUCUUUCUACGGUUAA